AUGAAGGUAGAUAAAAGCGUUUCUACAAGCAAUGACGCACUUUUCACAGGAACCACACCGGCAAACGAGUUGAACAGCAUCAUAAAGUUUGAGACCGUAUUUACGACGCUAGUUGAGAAUAAAAUUUUAGCUAUUAAACGCGAAUGUGAACAACACGAGAAUAAGAAAAAGUCAAGAACCUUGAAGAAUUUUUUAUCGAGAAAAUCAGAUUUGGCAGUUAUAGUAGACGAUAAAGGAAAACAUGAGUCGGAUGGUGAUAUUGAACCGAAAAAGAAGACAAAAAGAAAUUUCUUUCUUCGUCAUAAAAAGCAGCAAUCAGAUGUUGAUGUAGAGAAAGGUGAACAGCCAGCUGACAAUGAAAGAUCUGUAGCGAGUGAGAUAGCAAAAGUUGAAGUUGAAAAUGACAAGACAGAUAAACCAACACAGGGAUUAUUAGAUGCAAGUGGUAAAGAACCACCGAAAUUAGAUAGUCAUUUAAAUGAACAUAUAACAGCAGCGACGAAACCAGAAAAUGUCUCAGUCGCAAGCGAAAAUGUCAAUGACAGAAUUUCCAAUUGUGAUAAAAUAUUAAUUAAUAAUCGAACGGAACAUGCACAAUUAACGGUAAGCACAAAUAAUUCAUCAAAUGUUCUUUGCAAUAACACAGCAAAAGAUUCGUCACCAUUGUCAGCUGAGAACAAUAAUAAUAAAAACAACAACGAACUCGAUGAGAGUUUAGCGACAACAGCUGAUAUCAGUUUACAACAACAAUCGUCAGUUGUUGUUCAAGUCAAACCGUCACCAAUCAACGAUAAUAAUAACACUAAUAAUAAGAAUAAUAAUGUUAAUAAUAAUAAUGGAAAAAGUGACGUUGCGAUAUGUGAUGAUGGAGCUUCAAGUCAAAAUACGAGUGAUAUUGAAUUUUCUUUGGUUAGUGAAUCGAUAAGCGAAUUGCCGGCAAAUGUUCGUAGCAAGAAGACAUCAACAAAUUCCGAUCCAAUAAUUAAGAAGCCUGUUCUCUUUUUAUCACCGCCACUAACACGUGAAGCAAAGGUCAACGAGCGUAAAGCAAUCAGUUGCCAAUCGACCCCACUUUUUGGACGUCAUCAGCAAGCACCACUGAGAAGUGAAGGUGAAAAUAAAAAGGUUCUCACAUUUCAAAAGGAAUUACCAAAAAAAUCAUGUGAACCGAAAGCUAUCGAGAAAACAAAAUCCCAAACAAUUGUCAUCGCUCCAACAUCAACGACCACAACAACAACUCUUGCUAAACCUUUGUCAUCAGCAACUGGACCGCUUGAACAUGUCCACUCGACUCGAAAAUCCCAAAAACAUUCAAAAUAUCGUGACGUUUCAGUGGAAUAUGAGAUCAGCUAUGACGACGAUGGAAAUCUUUCUCCACGUGGCUUCAUAUCGAGUUUUAAUCAGUUGACAUCACAAAUGCCACCUGCUGCUGUAAUAACAACCACAACGACCAAAAAGCAAUCGACAAAACAUCCAAAAGUACAAUCGAUAAAGGAUGAAAAGGCACAGCAGGAGAAUUUCAUAGAUGGAAGAUCUGAUGAUAAGACUGCAAAGCACCACGAAAUCGAGCUUGAGUUAGACGACAUAGGAAUCGAUAUAGUCAAUAAGAAAAAGAAACGAAGACGACGAAGUAGUCGAGGUUCCGAUCCAGUUGUUUAUCCAUCUUCGAGUGGAUUGAAGCAUUGCAUUCUCAGUAGACCACCUAAUCAACCAAUUUGUGAAAACUUCAAGCAAUCAAAAUAG